CAGUCACCAGUAGCAGCAGCAGACGCUCAGUGCUGCACUUAUUGUGGAGGAGGACCAACGGCGGCAGUUAUCGGCUUGGGGAAGAUAAAUUUCCCAUGACUCCGGCUCUCUCUCCUGUGUCUUGCUUAUUGCCUUCCCGAGAGUUCAUUUUUAAUCCCGUCCAUUGUUUUACACACCGACUUCUUGCCGUGUGUCAUUAUGCAAUGACAACAAUUUUUUUUUACCCUGGGACUUUUAACCGUAGGCGAAAAUGAGAUGCACAUUUUUUGUGGACGUGCGGCGAAAGAAGGAGCCUUUGGACAUUGGUGUCAGCCUGUGAGUAUUUUCUGCAAAUGCUGGUGAGCUGCUCCCCAACAAUCCACCGAAAAUGUGGCGACUCUGAGGGGAAAAAAAGGGGAGGCAGUGAGUGGAUUUUCUCCUUCCACACAGCAGCUCAUAUGCAGCAUUUUUUUCCUUUAACGAGAUUCCUUAUUAUUUUGUGCAGUGGAAUUUUGGAGUUCCAAAGUGUCGGUCAGUGGACAUUCAGUGUGUGAAGAUUUCUUCUUAAAACCGAAAAGCAGUUAUGGCCUUGAUGUUUUUAUGCGUGUGUGCGAGACCCUGCUUGUGAACCACUGACUUUGUUUCUGUCAGAACGCGAGGCUCACACUGCAUACUUAAAUGCAGGAUCCAUAUCAUAACGAUCGCUUUAAGCUGUAAAAAUGCUGAGCGGUGUCAUCUUUCUGAGCGUCCUCACGGUCACCAGCCUGUCUUCGUCCGAGACUGAGACCCGCAGAACUUCAGCCUUUAAAGACAUCUGCAAGAUCCGCUGCGCCUGUGAGGAGAGGGAGAACAUUUUAAACAUUAACUGUGAGAGUAAAGGAUUUACCACCGUCAGCCAGUUCCAGGCACCCCAGAAUAAGAUCUCCCAGCUUUUUCUCAACGGAAACUUCCUGUCUCGAAUCUGUGCAAAUGAAUUUUUUAAUUACGGCAAUGUCACCUCACUGCAUCUUGGGAAUAAUGGAUUACAGGAAAUCCAAACCAAUGCUUUUCAGGGGCUGCGCUUCUUGAAGAGGCUGCACUUGAAUAACAAUAACCUGGAGGUGAUAAAAGAAGACACAUUUGCAGGAUUAGAGAGUAUGGAGUAUUUACAAGCAGAUUAUAAUUAUAUCAGCACCAUUGAGCCCAGCGCUUUCAGCAAGCUUAACAAGCUUAAAGUGUUGAUCCUCAACGAUAACCUCCUGUUGUCUUUGCCUCCAAACAUUUUCCGUUUUGUGCUCCUCACCCAUUUGGAUUUACGUGGCAACAGGCUCAAGACUCUACCCUUUGCAGGGGUACUGGAGCACAUCGGCGGAAUCAUGGAGAUCCAGUUGGAAGAAAACCCGUGGAAUUGUACUUGUGAUCUGAUUCCGCUUAAAUCUUGGUUGGACACCAUUUCGGUUUUUGUGGGGGACAUAGUGUGUGAGACGCCAUUCAGGCUUCACGGUAAAGACAUCACCCAGCUCAUAAAGCAGGAUCUGUGCCCACGCAGGAACGCUGGAGAACGAGUUCACCCUGCCUCUGACUAUCACUUCAAGGGCGCUCUGCCCGCAACCUACCUCCCUGGCAUGAUCAACCCCACACGUGCCCCUAAGGCUUCACGGCCACCCAAAAUGAGACACAGGCCCACUCCACGCAUCGCAAAGGACAAACAUGUCUUUGGGCCCAUUAUGGUUUACCAGACACGUUCUCCUGUGCCUAUUUUAUGUCCGAGUGUGUGCGUCUGCACGUCACAAAACCCUGACAGUGGACUGAACAUUAAUUGUCAAGAGCGGAAGUUGCAUAACAUCAGUGAUCUUAGUCCUAAGCCCUCCUUUCCCAGGAAACUGCACCUGACCGGUAACUACCUUCAUGUGGUUUACAGAACUGAUCUAACGGAGUACAGUCUGCUGGAGCUGCUUCAUCUAGGAAACAACAAAAUAGCAGUGAUUCAAGAGGGUGCAUUCGAGAACCUUACAAAUCUGAGGCGGCUCUAUCUGAACGGGAAUUACAUACAGUCCCUUUCACAGUCACUUUUUGCUGGCCUUCAGUCACUCCAGUAUCUUUAUUUGGAAUAUAAUAUCAUCAAAGAAAUCUAUCCGCAGACAUUUAAUGCCUUGCAUAAUCUACAGCUACUUUUUCUCAACAAUAACCUGUUGCGGUCACUGCCGGACAAUGUCUUCGGGGGAACCAUGCUAACAAGGCUCAACCUGCGAAAUAAUCAUUUCUCAUAUCUCCCAGUUAAGGGUGUGCUCGAUCAGUUAUCUGCCUUUAUCCAGAUAGACCUCCAGGAGAACCCUUGGGACUGCACCUGUCACAUUGUGGCACUCAAAAACUGGAUGGAGCUCUCCAGUACCAGUGUGGUGGUAAAUGAAAUCACUUGUGACUCACCCUCCAAGCAUGCGGGUCACCUGCUGCGUUCACUGCGCAAUGAGGCCAUUUGCCCUGAGCCAAGUGCAGAGCCCCCACCUCAAUAUGCACCCCCUACCAAAGCCCCUACAUUAGUAAGCCCCAGCACUGAGUCACUAACCCCCAUUUCUUCGUCGUCUUUCAGCUCAAUCAGCCCCACUGAAUCCCGCAUGCAAACCCCUGAAUUACAUCCAGAGGUACCGCUUUCAGUUCUAAUUCUGGGCCUUCUUGUAGUUUUCAUUCUGUCCAUCUGUUUCGGAGCGGGGCUCUUUGUUUUUGUUCUAAAACGACGCAAGGGGGUGGAACACGUCCCAACAGGCUCAAACAAUAUAGAUCUUAACUCAUUUCAAGUGCAAUAUGGCUCCUACAAUCCUGAACCGACCCAAGACAAAACCUCGGAAAGCCAUGUAUAUAACUAUAUCCCGCCACCUGUGGGUUUCAUGUGCCAGAACCCCAUCUACAUGCAGAAAGAUGGCGAGCAGGUGGCGUAUUACCGCAACCUCAAAGAGCUUAGCUUCGGUUCACUGAAUGCAAAAAAGGAGGAUAUUCUGACACGCAGCCCGGGAGCGUACACAAUCAGCGCAGUGGAUUUUAUGGAUAAACCCCCGACAACGCGUGGUUUGACCACCCCAGAGCCUCCUGAGAUGUUGUAUCAAAAUGUCGGGGAGAGGCCGAACAAGGAGCUUCCAACAGCUACCGGCACCUCUCCUUUCAGUUACAAUUUCUGCACUUUACCCAAGAGACCUUGCAUCGUGCCCCCUUACGAAGCUUCCACAGCCCCGAGGCAUGUUUCCAACCAGGACAGAUUGUACGGGACCCCCAGGAAGUGCUUCGGAGUGGCGCUCCCAUCCAAAAACAGUGAGCACCAAUUUCUUCUUCAUGGGAAGGUAAAAACAGAACCGGACUACCUGGAAGUUCUGGAAAAACAGACUACUAUGAGCCAACUGUAAGCCAGUGAUAAAUUAUCGUCUUAAAAUCUACUCCCAGUUUGCCUGCAAGGUUCUUUGCUGCUUUCAUAACAAUUAUUCAGAGUUCAUCAGUAACUGCUAUAAUAGCCUACUACGUAACAAUCACGUGUUAAAAGACAUACGAUUGAGAGACAGCAGCCAACACAUUUUAUCCCUCCCAUAUAUUUUCCCCUAUUUUCUUUCCAAUAUGUACAGUACAAGUGGAUGAUGAGGACUAUAUUUUUUUUUCUCCCAGGAUGUAUAAAUUAUUCCAUCAAAAGACAUAGAUGACGAUAAGACUGUGUACAAAUAAGGCCUUGUGCAUUAUUUUUAUAGAACUGAAUUGUAUUUUUUUUUCUCUGAAAAAAAGUAUUCAUUGUCGAUGGGGAGAAGCUACAGAAUAACAUUCCUGUAUAUUCAAAGCGUGCACAUGUAAAGGAUGUGCCCCUGAGCCCCUAAAAUUGAAUAAGCAAACUCUCACUACAUUUAUUCUAUAAAGUGCCUUUGCACUCAAUUGUUUUGUCUUUGAUUCUCUCUGCAAAAUUCAAAUGUUCUUUUAUUCGGAUUGUGCUGUACUCUGAAAAAUAAUUGUAUCUAAAAAAAUAUAUAUAUAUAUAUGAAAAUAUUUGUUGAAAAAAAUAUUGCUGGAUGUACUUGAGACUGGGCGGGUCAUUAUCUUUCAUUUCUGGCACAGACAAAACAUAUAUUUUACUCUCGGUAUGGUCUUUGGCGAUGUACAACUUUACAGAACAUUGUAUGCUACGAGAGAGUGAGAACAAUAUAGCGUUGUACAGUUGUGCCAUUAAAUUUUCACUGAAGCACUUU